GAAGACUAUAGACUUUUGUAUGAGAUGACUACAGUGUAGAAAAUCUAAAGUAAAUAUGAUUGAGUUUGAAGUGAUUGCAGUUUUUACUUUCUCACCUGAGGACAUUGCUGCUCUACUCUCAAAAGGUGACACUGAAUAUUUGGGGUUACUGAAGAACUUUGGUCAGCUCACAACUGGGGGUGAGGGAGAAGGUUGGAACCUGACAACAUAACAUAAACCAAACCACAGCAAAGGGGUCUCCUUCAAGUACUGACUUGGCCCAACUGUGCUUGGCUUUUGAAAACUGGCAAGAGACUUUUUUUUUAGUACUAUUUUCAGAUACAAACCAGAAAAUAAUGAAAGCAAACCUUAACCACUCCGCCAAAAUGAAAUGUGAUUUUAAUUGUAACCAUGUCCGUUCUGGACUCGCAGAGUUAAAGACUGAUGCAGUAAAGAAAAGACUAGAAGAAUCCUCUAUCUCGAAUUAUGAGGAAGGUUCUUGUAAAGACUGUGUUAAAGAAUCUCAGAGGCUAUUGCAUAGUGAACUGCAGAAUGCAACCCCCAGGAAUUUUGACCACAAAACUGAAGGAAGGCUUGUACAUAACAAAGAAAACCAGCAAGUAUUGUACAGAUCUGGGGAAGGUGCCUGUGAAAUGGAGACAUUAGAAAACAGUAGGUUUAAUGAGGAGAGUGGUUACUCCUCUAUGUUGAGCAGCGAGUACAAUGAUCCAACAGAACAUGAGGACAGUAUACUACUGGCGGGAAAUAUAUAUGGCACACCAAAUCACUGUCUCAUGAACCAAAGCCAAGCACAGCUUUCCAAAAAAAACUUGCUACCAGUUACCCAUUUUGAAGAACUGGUUUGCUCAACUUUGAAAAAAAGUGGUAAAAGAAAUCUUAAAUCAUGGGCUAUUGUGGACAGAAUUGUUUCCCGGGGAAGCGUUGGACUUAGGAAUCUAAUUGGCAGGAAAAUGGGAUUAAAUGCAAUAGAUAUUCUUGGUGAACUUUUCCAAAGGGAUCUCAGACAUCUUUUAGCAAACAUCUUAAGACAUCUUGAGGAGAUGGACUUAAUAAAUGUGGCUAAAGUGAGUCCAACAUGGAAGAAAAUUCUGAAGGAAGAUAAAUGGGCUUUCCAAGUGUAUAGUAAAGCAAUGAAAAGCCUUUCUGAUGGUAGUGUACAGCCCUCAGAGCAUACUGUAACAAGGGAAUAUGUUCUGUAUCGAGCAGCUUUAGCUUCUGUUCAGACAGCAGCCCCUCCAAACAGCUCAUCCAAAAAAGCAUCCAGAUCCAAAGCAUCCAACCAGAGCAAUCAAAAUGGUUCUUACAGCCGACACAUGGAGUUUUCUGAGGCUGCCAAGACCUUGAAAAACACUGAAAGCCUUAAGGUUUGUAGUCGCUGCAGCUCACCUGCAAAAUAUGACUCCUAUCUACAGAGGGCAACAUGCAGCCGUGAAAGCUGUAGCUUUGACUUUUGCACCAAGUGCCUGUGCUGCUACCACAAUUCCAGAGACUGUGCAAGUGGCAAACCUGUGAAAUCAAGCUCUCAGCUAGGACUUCUUCCUGGCACCAAAAAGAGCAAACAAAAUUUGCGGAGAUUGUGAUCUGUUGUGCUAUCAGGAGCAGCUAUUAUAUCACCAAGGUUAAUUCAGAGAUGAAAGUUAUCCUAAAGAAAAGUGAAUGUGGAAGUGGUUCUUAGUAAAUAUUUGUUUUUAAAAAGAAAAUAAGUUGAAUAUUCUAGAUCCAUUUCUCAGUUAUAGGCAAUUUUUAAAAAACUUUUGAGAAUUUUCAGAAAUUUGUCCAUACCCAAACAUGUUUUUACUGAUUUAUAAAAUUUAAAAGAAAAUUUUGGAUAUGAAUUCUACAGUGUCUGUUAAAAAAUGUUCUUAACUAUUAACUUUAUAUAAAAAAAAAAGAAAGCAAGGUUAACUGGUCAUUUUUGGCAAGUAUUCCUACAUGUCUGAAGCUAGCAUUUUUCAAUGGCGGUGG